AGAGCAGCUUGCGGGGCUUUGAUUGGCUCAGUGGCUGCUGCCCGUUUAUUGGUUGCCAUAGGUCGUCACGGCGACCGAGGGAGUGGGGGGGGUGGGAGGGUGUUGGGCCUGGUGGGAGUGCUGAGGGUUGCUGGCGGCUGGGCUGCUCUCCUGGGCGGUGUCCGGGGAGCUGUGGGCCGAGUCGCCCUGGGUUCCCAUCACCCUCUGAGAGGUGUCUGAGCGAGUGGGGUCCACUAGCGAGACCCUUAGGCCGGCACCAUGGGCUGCUGCUUCACUAAGAGGCGGAAGAGUGGGAAGGAGUCGCGGGCUGAGGGAGAGGAGGAACAGCCCAAGCUGUACAGCUGGGACCAGCGGGAGAAGGUUGAUCCAAGAGAUUACAUGUUUAGUGGACUGAAGGAUGAAACAGUAGGUCGCUUACCUGGAAAAGUGGCAGGACAACAAUUUGUCAUUCAAGACUGUGAGAACUGUAACAUCUAUAUUUUUGAUCACUCAGCUACUAUUACCAUUGAUGACUGCACUAACUGUGUAAUUUUUUUGGGACCGGUGAAAGGCAGUGUGUUUUUCCGAAAUUGUAGAGAUUGCAAGUGCACAUUGGCUUGCCAACAAUUUCGUGUGAGGGAUUGUAGGAAAUUGGAAGUCUUUUUGUGCUGUGCUACUCAACCCAUUAUCGAAUCUUCCACAAACAUCAAGUUUGGCUGUUUUCAAUGGUACUACCCUGAAUUAGCAGCCCAAUUCAAAGAUGCAGGCCUCAGUGUCUUCAAUAACAUAUGGAGUCAUAUUCAUGAUUUUACACCUGUGUCAGGAGAGCUCAACUGGAGCCUUCUUCCAGAAAAUGCCGAGGUUCAAGAUUACGUUCCUAUUCCAGUGACUGAAGAAUUCAAAGCUGUGCGAAUUUCCACAGAAGCCAAUAGAAGCAUUGUUCCUGUGUCCCGGGGUCAGAGACAGAAAUACAGUGAUGAAUCAUGUCUCGUGGUAUUAUUUGCCGAUGAUUAUGCAACUGCAAAUGCCAGAAAACUAAUUGAUGAGAUGGUUGGUAAAGGCUUUUUCCUAGUGCAGACAAAGGAAAUGUCAAUGAAAACUGAAGAUGCUCAAAGGGUUUUCCAGGAAAAGGCAUCAGACUUUUUACUUCUUCUAAACAAAGGUCCUGUGAUUGCCUUGGAAUUUAAUGGAGAUGGCGCUGUACAAGAAUGUCACCUUAUUGUAAAUGGGAUGUUCAACGGGUUAAAGAUGUUUGUCUCAGAAAAGAAGGAAACCGCAUCUGGAGAUGUUGACAGCUUCUAUAACUUUGCUGAGAUCCAGAUGGGGAUAUGAAGCGGAUUGUGGUAUUAAGCACCUUCCAACUUUUAUAUAUAGAAAGUUUGAUAAUAUACUUAUGUAUGUUAGUCACUUAGCAAUUAGUAAUUUUUACUAAUGCUAAAAUUGUUAAAGGCUAUUUUUAAAUAACUCUUUGAAUACUGUAUCAUUUACUUGAGGAUCUAAAAUAGCUCAUGUAAUUGAGUAGUUUUAAUCAUUUUAUAAACUAUUUAACCUGCUUCAAUAAGCUUGCAGUUUUAUUUCUUUUCAUACAAUAGUCUUAUUAGGAAAUAUUCAUGAUUUUAUUCCUAAUUAAAAGUUCUUCCAUAUCUCUAGUCAUUUAAACUUUCCAACUUUCCUUCAUGCUCUAUGAUAAUUCAUUUAAGAGUAUAUUUUGUUUCUUAUUUUCUCUUUUUAAUUUAGAGAAAUUUGUUACUAGUUGAAAUUAAAUAACCUACAUACUUUUUUAAAAAAAAUACAAAGCCAGUUAAGUAAUCAUUUCUUCUUGCAUUGUAUGACUAAUGAGAUUUUGUAUAUGGAGUUGACAUCUAUUUUGUAAAUUGGAAGAUUUUUUUUAAUUGGAAGAUUUAAAAAAAAAAAUGGGUAUUUGAAAGCUGAGUGUGGUCAUGGCAUCUAUAGUCCCAGGCUACUUGGGAUGCCUAUGUGGAAGAAUCAGUUGUGCUCAGGAGUUCAAGACCAGCCUUGGCAAGUAAGGCUCUAUUUCAGUAGAAAGAAAAAACUGAGAUAACCAGCUUUGCAAAUACUUCUAACUGACCCUGGCAUUGCUGUUUUAACGACUACUUCCAAAGUAGUAUGGCUGAUUUUUAAGUAUAAUUACCAGAUGAUUCUUCUGCUUUCUAAUAAGAAAAGGUAUACACUACAGUUUUAACUGUAGAACAGCAAUCACUGGCAGAUUUAACCGAAGCGAUCACUGUCUGAUAGCUGUUGUGACUAGCAAGAGACCUAGAGCAAAACUUAAUGAUUUUUAGGUAAGGAACACUUAGGUAUGAUGUUAAUCUAGACAGAUUAUUCAAAAUCUCCAUCCAUUUUUUUUACUCAUGUCAAUUAAUGUUAAAGUAUGAUAAAAGUUUUCCUUAUUUGAAAUCAUUAUUUCUCAAAUCCAUCUGAUAAUAGUAAUUUCCCAGGAGGAGGCAUGGGAAUUGUUCAGAAAUAUACAUUGAUGGAUCUAGUCUAAAGAUGCACAGAUUCGGUUUUCAAGGGAAACUGAAUGAGGGUGUGUUGUCAUCUAAACCAAUCAGUUCUGAAUGUGUUGAGGGCUGAUUUUUUUUUUAACCGUAUUUGGCAGGGAACAGGAGCAGCUUUCACAGGCUCAUUUAAAGGAAUCUGAAUGACACUCUAUUUCAUGAGAUUUGAAAAUGGCCACUUGUAAAAAUUUUUUUCAUGGUUGUUAUUAAAAGUGUAUUUUCAUGUAUAAAGUGGUUUUGGAUAAUUUCAGGCCAACUUAUAACUACCAUGUUGAAUUGUGAAUGUGUACAAAUAAUGUUUUUUAUUUUGAAUUAAUAAUAUUGAGUACCUACACUGUGCCUAGCCUUCUGCUGACCAUCAGCAUUUUAACAUUUCUUUUAUUAUAAGAGCAUCAUGUUCUACAAAGUCAAUAUGAUCUCAUAAGGUGCAAAUAAAAACUGCUGGCAGCUAUAACAAUUUCUAUCAUAAUUUACAAAUGGUCUUUGCAAAUAAUGGUCAGAGGCAUUAACAUUUUUCUUAGCUAAGCUAAAUUAAAUGCAUUCCUUUCUGCUUUGAUUAAAUUACUAAUUGUCUUUAUCCACAUUUGAAAUAAUCUCAAUACUUGAUUUUUGAGAACUAAAAUGCAAUGUUAUACAAAGCUGUACAUUGAGUUUUUAUCUUAUCAAUUACGGGGUGCAAAGACUCAGGAAUAUUAUGUAAAGGAGACAUUAAUUUUUAAGAUUUUUCCCACCAAAUUUAGUAGGUUAACCAAAGCCUGAAAUUUUAUAUCCAUUUAGAUAAGAACUUUUUACAAGUACUUUUAUGUUGUUUCUGCAAGUCUAAACUUUGAUAGUAAUCAUGAUAUACUAACUACAUUUGAUUUCUGAAUAGUUUUUAAAUUCAUGAAAAAUUAAUAGCCAUGAAAAGUGAUUUUUAUUGUCAUAUUUGUUUAAACAUCUUAUUAAUUUACUUCUUGCAUUAAUAAUACUACUAUAUUUUGGAUCUGUAUAGUUAGGGGUCUCUUUUAUAUGUAAAUUUAUCUAGUGUUUAUAAAAUGUGCUUUGAAAUAAAUGUUAAAAUUAAAAUGGUUUAAUGCUAAAUUUUUCAAGAGUACUCUGUAUUUACUCAUACAUGUACCAAAAUUUGAUAAAAAUUUUUAUUUUCUUUUGGGUGUUUUGUUAUACAAUUUUUUAAUCUUAAAAACAAAAUAAAGUGGUCUAAUCUCUGCCUCAUACUAAUGAGAAAUGAACUGUAUACUGAGUGUGUAUGUAUUUGAUGUAUAUAUGUGCAUGUGUAUAUAUACACAAGGUACUUUGAAGAAAUGAAAAGGAAGAAACAUAUUUUGAUAUAAAGAAUUUCUAUCAUGUUUUCUUUGUUAAAAUAAGUCACAUUUGUUAUGACUGAAUAUUUGCUAAGAUUAGGCAUCUUUCCUUCCAUAUUUUAAAAAUGCUGUGUGUAACAUAUACAAAUAUAAUUCCAGUACUCAGGAAUUCAAGGCCAGCCUAGGUUAUAUAUUGAAUUCCAGGCCAGUCUGGGCUUAUAUAGCCCAGGGUCUGUCUUAAAAAAUAAAGAAGUGUGAUAAAUUUUCAUUCAGGUUUAUGGUAUUUUUAUUGUCAAAUUUGUCAGUCUUUGUCCUCCUCAUAAAACAAAUACUGAAAGUACAAAUUGGUUAGUUUGUAAAAAUAUAACAUUGUUUAUUUCUACUUAUAAAGGUUCAACAAGCACAUUAAGAACAUUUGGAGCAUUGAGAACAAGCAGAAAUGAUAAUACAAUAAUAAAAUUGCUUCCUGUUGGA